AUGGAACUUUCCAACUUUCUGAAAUUGAACUUGAAUGAUUCCUUCAAGAAUAGCACGCUCUUGGUCGCCUCAGGCAUUAACGCUAAACGCUUUUGGGCUGAAUUGGCCUCCCUACGGCGCGCCGCAACGCGAACUCCAGAAACCGAAAUCUUAAGCUUAAAGCUUUCAAGCUCCUCAUCCCUCAACUACCUUUCUCAUCUGUUUUUUCGCCACUUUACAUCUCUUCCUUCUGCACCAUAUCCCUUCAACUGCCGCAAUUUUACAUCCACAAGCUCCAUCAUGGAGAGCUUCGACAACAUCUACCUAGACAUCUCAAAGCAGCCUGGAAAAUGCAAGCUCGCUGAAAGUGGUCUGGGCUGGCGCCCGUCCGGCGGCGGCGAUACUUUCACACUUGACAGCAGCAACAUCGGCGCAGCCCAAUGGAGUCGCGCUGCGAAGGGCUUUGAGCUGAAGAUCCUAUCGCGAUCGUCUGGAGUGAUCCAACUGGAUGGAUUCGACCAAGAGGACUUUGAGCGACUGAGCAAAGCAUUCAAGAUUUGGUACGGCAUUAACGUGGAGACCCGCGAGCACGCUUUACGAGGAUGGAACUGGGGCAAGGCAGACUUCACAAAAGCAGAGCUGGCUUUUAACGUCCAAAACCGACCCGCCUUUGAGGUUCCUUAUUCCGAAAUCUCAAACACCAACCUGGCUGGAAGAAACGAGGUCGCCGUUGAGUUUUCCCUCCCCGCCGGCGACGGAAGCGAUGCCGUGACAAAGCCCGGAAGCACAAGGAACCGAGGCCGCAAGGCUGCUGCAGGCCCCGACGAGCUGGUCGAAAUGCGAUUCUACAUUCCCGGAACGGCCGUGAAGAAGGAGAAGGUGGAAGGCGCCGAUGGCGAGGAAGAAGACAACGAGGAAGAGGCUGAGGAGCAAAACGCUGCCAAUCUCUUCUACGAGACGCUUAUGGACAAGGCCGAGAUUGGAGAUGUCGCCGGCGAUACCUUUGCUACUUUCCUGGAUGUUCUUCACCUCACGCCCAGAGGUCGCUUCGAUAUUGACAUGUACGAAUCAUCCUUCCGGUUGCGCGGAAAGACAUACGACUACAAGAUUCAAUAUUCGGCCAUUAAGAAAUUCUUCCUUCUUCCAAAGAAUGACGAUACCCACACUCUUAUUGUGCUCGGUCUUGAUCCCCCUCUGCGACAGGGUCAGACCCGUUAUCCUUUCCUGGUCAUGCAGCUGAAGCUGGACGAGGAGAUUAGCCUUGAGAUGAACAUGACAGAGGAUAUCUUGAACACUCAGUACAAGGACAGGUUGCAGCCACACUAUGAAGAGCCAAUCCACCAAGUCGUCACCAAGGUCUUCCGUGGUUUAUCUGGAAAGAAGGUCAUUAUGCCUUCCAAGGAUUUCUCCAGCCACCACGGUCACCAAGGCGUCAAGUGCUCAAUCAAGGCCAACGAGGGUCUCCUAUACUUCUUGGAUAAGAGCCUCAUGUUCGUUCCCAAGCCCGCGACCUACAUUCAAUUGGAGAACAUCGCGAUUGUCACAAUGUCGCGUGUCGGAGGCGCUGUUUCCGCCAGCCGAACCUUCGACAUCACUGUCAGCCUGAAGGGUGGUCUGGGUGAGCACCAAUUUAGCAACAUCAAUCGCGAGGAGCAAAAAUCCCUUGAGGACUUUUUCAAGGCUAAGAGCAUCCGCAUCAAGAAUGAGAUGGCCGAAGAGGCUGCUGGACUUAUUGCUGCUGCUCUUGACAACGAUGCCAUGGGCUCCAGUGAUGACGAAGCACGACCUGACCGCGGAUCAGCAGAUGAGGAUGAGUCGUCAGUUGACGAAGACUUUGCUGGUUCUUCGGAAUCUGACGUGGCCGAGGAGUUCGACUCGGAUCAUGAGAGUAGUGGCGAUAGCGAUGAGGAGAUGGGCGAUGCUUCCGAUGGAGGGGGCGACGAGGAUGAGCGUCCCAAGAAGAAGACCAAGGUUUAG